AUGGAGUGCUAUGGUAGGAUGGGCAAGGCAAACAGUUUGUCUCCAAAUGAAAGUGAAAAUGAGUUAGGCCUUUCAAACAACGACGUUGUUGACGAGGAUGACUUAAGAAAGGUUGAGUUGUUGUCGGAUGAUGAUGGUCGUGAAUAUGGAGAUGUGACUGGGUUAAGUGCAGAUGAUAUAAUGAAAAAGGUGUUUCGAAGUAAAGAGCGUGCAUAUGAGUUUUAUUGUAGGGUAGGAAAAUGCAAUGGAUUUGGGUCCCGUAAGGGAGACUAUGCAAAGGAUGAAGAUGGGACUGUAGUGAGAAGGAGGUUCUUCUGUAAUAGGGCUGGCCUAAGGGAUGGGAAACACUACAAUAGACUAGACAGGAAGAGAUGCCAUAGGCCUAAGACACGCACGAAUUGCCAAGCCUUGAUGUUUGUAUAA